UCCUUUUAUCACACUUGUGCAAUCCUCCCAACCCUUGUAUAUACUACUACUGCAACUACUUUUCAAAUUGUUCACCCACAAUUAAUUAAAAAGUACUACCACCAAACAUGAAUGGUAGACAAAAGGUGUCAAAAUGAAGCUUUUUUAGCUCUUUCUUGAAACACAUAAAUAUGUUUCAAUUCUCCAUACAUGCAAAAGCUUAAGAGCUAGAAAUAUGAAAACCAAACAAACAUUCAUGUAAAGAUUAAGCAUAUAUAGAAACUUUGUAUUCUUUUGUUGGAGUUGAUCCAUGGACUCCAUUUUCUUUCUUGAAGAAGGAGACCGCGCCGUCUUUCUAUUAAAGAUAAUGGAGUCAUUUGGUUGCACUUACAUAUGCCUUUGGCAAUACUUUCAACCUUCCAACACUUUCAUGUCCUUGGGUGGAAUCUACAAUGGAGAAAAUGUCGUUGCCCAGAGAUUAUUUGAAGAAUAUAAGCAUUCAUGGCUUAUCAUGGAUAACGGCCGCAUUCCAGGACUGGCCUUCAAGAACAAUGUUCCUUAUAUGGAACUGAAGUUUGCUGAUCUUCAAUCUCAUGCAUCCAAUCCAGUUCAGCUUCAAUUCUAUUACGAAGCUGGAAUAAAGACAACUAUAUGUAUGGGAUGCAGCAUAGGAGAAAUUGAAUUUGGAAUGACUUCUAGCCCUCAAGUAAAUUUGGAAAUGGGGAUGAAAAACUUAUUUCCGGAAUACUUCUCAACAAGAUCAGUACUUGCUCGUCCUCAGACAUUGCUGACAAAUAUUGAUCAAAACAGACCAUCGCCAUCUUCAUCAUUCUCUCUCGAUAGCCCAGGAGAAUACUCAUCGCUUCUAUUCAAUGUUGCAACUACAUCUUACGUACCAGAUGCCUUUCCAGAGCAGACCAUAAGACCAGUUUCUACCACCGCGAUGCCAUUCCAUCAACAACAACCUAUUCAGACACUAACUCAACUCAGAGGCAUUCAAUUCCCCGGGGUAGAAACUGAUGAUGCUGCAUUGACAAGAGCGUAUCUUGCUGUUAUGACUUCACCUUCUUCUUCAUCUUCAUCUCAUCAAUCGCGAGAAAAUAUUGAUGUACCAAUAACGGAUUAUCAUUAUCAAAAGUCCACUGCAUUCAGAAGGUUUGGACCAGGUUUAGGUCGUCCUAGUAAUGUGCAAAUAGGCACAUCCAGAACAAUUCGUCGAGAAAACAUAUUGAGAAGAUCAAUUAUAUUCUUCAGGAAUUUAGAUAUGAUGAGAAGGAAAGAACAAAUCCAGGCGAAUCAGCGUGCCCCUACUAGCACUCAAGUUCAUCAUAUGAUUUCAGAAAGAAAAAGACGUGAAAAGCUUAACGAUAGCUUUCAACUACUUAGAUCUUUACUCCCACCUGGUACAAAGAAGGACAAAGCAUCUGUUCUUGCUAGUACAACAGAAUACAUAACUUGUUUGAAAGGUCAAGUGGAAGAACUUAGCAAAAAGAAUGAAAUAAUGCUGAAUGCACAGGCGUUAGAUAAAUCACGGAUGAUGAAAUCGAAUGAAGUUGGUGAUGGAAAUGAUGAAAGGGUAGUUGUUGAAAUUAUAAAAAAUGUAAGUAGUGAAUCAGAAUCAAGAACAGUGGAAUUGCAAGUUUCAGUAAGAUCAGGAGAAUGCAACGUGUUGGAUUUGGCCACUCGUUUGCUCGAGUUCUUGAAAACUCAAGACAAUUUAAGCUUAGAGUCAGUAGCAGCAAACACCAGGCCAUCCAUGGUUACUCACGUAACUUUGACAAUUACAAUUCAGGGUAGUGAAUGGGACGAGUCUGGUUUCGAGGAAGCAGUGAAAAGGGUUGUUGAUGACUUGACAUAGAGGAACUUGUCAAAGUUGGUAGGCCCAUCAAAUUUUGACUGGCGGCGCCUCGUAUUACGACUAUUUCCCCCUAUUAUACUUUACUUAAAUUAUAGUGUCAUAGAGAUCAUCAAUUGAUAUCCUAGAAUUACAAUUUUGUUGCUAGUUUUACUUCCUACUAGUGUGUAUUCAUGUUUUAUUUCAUUUACUAAUGUUUAAUAUCUAAUCAUUUUAGUUUAAAA